AUGGCCCCGAACGCUGAAAAGAGUCAAUUGAAGCGCCCCCGAGGCUCGCUUCCCGAAAACGAUCUCGACCCCAAGAGGACUCGCCGGGCAGACAGACUCGACGACUCAUCCGAGGACGAGCAAGGCCUUCCUCAGCCGAAGAGGCAACACAAACAGCCUCAACAGCAACAGCAACAACCAACGCCAGUGACUGUCGCCGAGGAUUCAAUAGAACUCCGCAAAGAGGAGACCGCCACGCCGCCAGGCGGAAGGCCGAGUCAAGUCUCCCACCGCGACGCGGAAGAACGAUAUUCGCAAACCAACGCCUACUCCUCUCCUCCCCUUCAGGAUACCCAAGCCGUCUCCACCCAGCAGAUCGAAGCCCAGCUUGCUCUUUCAGAAGAGGUUGAGGAUGAGGUCAAAGAGGGUGUAUGGGGAUACCUAUUCCCCCUCGACACCCGUUAUGGCGGUCGUUGCCUUGUAAUGAAGAAGACUCGAAAUUGCGCCUCGCCAUCCGAGCAAAAAGAUCACAGGAAAGGCAAAUCGCCAAUGCCAAAGGACUCAAAGCGCUCUUCUGGGGGGUAUCUAAUCGGUCGUCACCCUGAAUGCGGCGAGACGCUAACAAGUAGAAAAGACAUUGUCAUCGAUGACCCCAUCGUAUCUAAUCGCCACUGCCUCUUCUUUACCGAACACAAAGGCCCCGAUACCGUUGUCGUACUCGAAGACCUCUCUAGCAACGGAACUUUCGUAAACGAAGCUAUAGUCGGCCGGAAUCGUCGGAGAGAGCUCCAAGAGCACGACGAAAUUGCCGUCCUGGAUAAAGCACGCUUCAUUUUCCGAUACCCCAAGACUCGCCAAGCAAGCGCAUUCUCCCAGCAGUAUACAUUGCAGGAGAAGCUUGGAAAGGGACACUUUGCCGAAGUCUACCUCUGUACCGAGAAAUCUACCGGCCAUCGUUACGCCGUCAAAGUAUUCACCAAGCGCCCCGGCCAGGAGGAUAAGACGACAACGGAAGGUCUCCAACAGGAGAUUGCGGUCCUUAUGGGUGUCAACCACCCCAAUGUUCUCUGCCUCAAGGAUACGUUCAACGAGAAGAAGGCGGUUUACUUAGUUCUCGAGCUUGCACCGGAAGGAGAACUAUUCAACUUUAUCGUCGCGAAGCAAAAACUCACCGAGAAUGAGACUCGCAAGUUGUUCAUUCAACUUUUCAAUGGUGUGAAGUAUUUGCAUGACCGCAAUAUCGUUCACCGUGAUAUCAAGCCGGAAAACAUCCUCAUGGUGGACAAGGACCUUCACGUUAAGCUUGCCGACUUCGGCCUGGCUAAAAUCAUCGGUGAAGAGUCGUUUACGACCACCCUUUGUGGCACCCCGAGCUACGUGGCUCCCGAGAUCUUAGCGGAGGCGAAGCAUCGAAAAUACACAAAGGCGGUAGACAUCUGGUCUCUUGGCGUGGUGCUGUACAUUUGCUUAUGCGGCUUCCCGCCCUUCUCUGAUGAAUUAUAUUCCAAGGACUUCCCCUUUACGCUUCGACAACAAAUCAGGAGUGGUCGCUUUGAUUAUCCCUCGCCGUAUUGGGAUUCUGUUGGUGACCCAGCCCUCGAUUUAAUUGACAGCAUGCUAGUUGUUGAUCCAGAACGCAGGUUCACUAUUGACCAGUGCUUAAGCCACCCCUGGAUCACCCAGAGUAUGCCCGGUGUUAAUGACAGCACAGGCGGUCUCGUCGGUGGAAUUGCCGGGCUAGAUGUCAACCGUCGGGGCAUCACUCGCGAACGGACCCUUCUCAGCUCAAUAAACACCGUUCAGGUAGCAACAAGAAUUCCCGGAGGCGAGAAGGGUGUGCCCGUCUCGGUAUUUGCCAAGAACCAACAUAGGAACCUUGUGAACACCGGAAACAGAGAGGUCGAGCCCGCACACGAACGGGAUGCAGGCGAGUUUAUGGAGAUGGGCGGCCGGGGCGACCAGCCGCUGUAUUCCGCCGACGAUCAUAACAGUAUCUACCCAGUAGCCGACAUUGCUUCGAAGAAGAACUAA